GGACCUAAUUAGACUUUGCAGCAGCAAAUAGACAAGCUCCCUGCCUGAUUGGCUUCAAAGUGUCUGCUGCCAAACAACUAGCAGAGGUGCCAAAGUAGGAGCCCUGCGCCUGGAGCCCAGAUCAAGAGAGGCCGCCCAGAAGAGGAGGAGAGCUGGGGCGGGAGCGCCCAGCCCGCCCGGCACACCUUUGCUUCCCCGCGCGCGUCCUGCCCUGCCGUGGAGCGGCUGGGCGCGGGGCUGCUCCCGGGGCUCUCAGCCCAGCUGGAGACGGAGACCCGGAGCAAUUCGAGAGAAGGAGGCGGGAGCGUGCGAGGGCUCGGUCCUAAAAAGUGAGCCCGCUCCCUGGCUUGCAGAAGCCUUCAGCAGCGGCCGCGGCAAGAGAGCAGGAAAGGUGAGCCUGUUGGAGACAGGAUUCCUCUCCGGUUCUGCUCGCUGAGUCUCAGCCAUGGCAUCGGUGCUGGGGGCCAGCAGAGGGUCCGGAGGGCUGAGCAGUCAACUCAAAUGCAAGUCUAAGAGGAGGAGGAGACGGCGGUCCAAGAGGAAAGACAAAGUAAGCAUGUUGUCAGCUUUCACCGCUCCCUUCAAGCACUUAAGCCCCGGGGCCACAAACACGGAGGACGAAGACAAUCUAAGUAUCAGCAGUGCCGACGUGAAGGAAAACCGCAACAUGAGCAACCUGGAGGCCCGGCCCCUGCCCGCUGGUGAUGGGGCCCGAGGCGGCACGCCCGGCAUGAAGAGGAAGAGGCCCCUGGAGGAGGGCAAUGGCGGCCACCUGUGCAAGGUGCAGCUCAUCUGGAAGAAGCUCUCGUGGUCUGUGGCGCCCAAGAAUGCACUGGUACAGCUCCACGACCUGCGUCCGGGCCUGCAGUACCGCAUGGUGUCCCAGACCGGCCCGGUGCACGCCCCCGUCUUCGCCGUGGCCGUGGAGGUGAACGGGCUCACGUUCGAGGGCACGGGGCCCACCAAGAAGAAAGCCAAGAUGCGGGCAGCCGAGCUGGCCCUGAGGUCCUUCGUGCAGUUCCCCAACGCCUGCCAGGCCCACCUGGCCAUGGGCAGCAGCGCCAGCCCGUCCACGGACUUCACCUCGGACCAGGCCGACUUCCCUGGCACUCUGUUCAAGGAGUUCGAGCCGGCCGCCCCCGGCGAUGCCUACGCAGGCCGCCGCCCCGCUGAUGCCGGGCUGUUGCCCUCCGCCUGCCGGAGGGGACGACUGCUCUGCCACCCCCUGGACCUGGUGGGCCCGGCGCGGCCAGACAGACCCAGGCCGGGCCCUGCGGCCCCGGGCGACAGGAACCCCGUGGUUGUGCUGAACCAGCUGCGCUCCGGCCUGCGCUACGUGUGCCUCGCAGAGCCGGCCGAGAAGCAGCGCACCAAGAGCUUCGUCAUGGCCGUGUGCGUGGACGGCAGGACGUUCGAAGGCUCGGGACGCAGCAAGAAGCUGGCCAAGGGCCAGGCAGCUCAGGCUGCCCUCCAGGCUCUCUUCAACAUCCGGCUGCCCGGCCACACCCCCAGCAGGAGUAAGAGUUACCUCCUGCCCCAGGAAUUCGCAGACUCCGUGUCCCAGCUGGUCACGCAGAAGUUCCACGAGCUGACUGUGGGCCUGGCGUCCACGCACGCCCGCCACAAAGCCCUGGCAGGAAUCGUCAUGACCACAGGCUUGGACGUCAGGCAGGCGCAGGUCAUCGUUCUGUCCUCGGGGACCAAGUGCAUCAGCGGAGAGCACAUCAGUGACCAGGGGCUGGUGGUCAACGACUGCCACGCGGAGAUCGUAGCCAGGAGAGCGCUGGUCCACUUCCUGUACACACAGCUGGAGCUGCACCUGAGCAAGCGGCGGGAGGACUGGGAGCACUCGAUAUUUGAGCGGUCCAAGGACGGCGGCUACCGGCUGAGGGAAAACGUGCUAUUCCAUCUCUACGUGAGCACGUCCCCCUGCGGAGACGCCAGGCUCCACUCACCCUACGAGAUCACCACAGACCUGAACAGCAGGAAGCCCAUCGUCAGGAAGCUCCGCGGGCACCUGCGCACAAAGAUCGAGUCUGGGGAAGGGACCGUCCCCGUCCGGGGCCCCAGCACAGUACAGACGUGGGACGGCGUCCUGCUGGGUGAGCAGCUCGUCACCAUGUCCUGCACGGACAAGAUCGCCAGGUGGAACGUGCUGGGACUGCAGGGUGCACUGCUCUGCCACUUCAUUGAGCCUGUGUACCUGCACAGCAUCAUCGUGGGCAGUCUGCACCACACCGGCCACCUCUCCCGGGUCAUGAGCCUCCGGACCGAGGACAUCGGCCAGCUGCCAGCCUCGUACCGACACAACCAGCCCCUCCUCAGCGGAGUGAGCCUCGCCGAGGCACGCCAGCCGGGGAAGUCUCCGCACUUCAGCGUGAACUGGGUGAUGGGCAACGCGGACGUGGAGGUUAUCGACGGCACCACCGGGAAGAGGAGCUGCGGGGGCUCGUCGCGGCUCUGCAAGCACGUGUUCUCGGCGCGGUGGGCGAGGCUUUAUGGAAAGCUGAGCACGCGGAUCCCGAGCCACGGAGACACGCCGUCCAUGUACUUUGAGGCCAAGCGGGGGGCGGGCACCUACCAGUCUGUCAAACAGCAGCUGUUCAAGGCAUUCCAGAAGGCCGGGCUGGGCACCUGGGUGAGGAAGCCGCCCGAGCAAGACCAGUUUCUACUGACUCUCUGAGCCACCAGACUCCAGUGUUCCCGGAGCAGGGCGAGCGCCCGGACCGGGCAGGGCGUGCGUGAGCGUGCGUGGGGCGGCAGGUGGUGCUCACUGGCUCCCCGCACCUAUUUCCCUUUGGUGUUCUGGAAGCACUCGCGUGGUCAGUGUUCCGUGGGCAACUAGACUCAACGUAGGAGCUGCUCCCACAUUGUCAGAACCCAGACGCCCCCCAGACCUGAAGGCACAGGUGCGGCCCGACGUCUCUCCCUGGUGUGUCCACGGGAAAGCUUCCGUGCAGGCUGAAGGGUCUUAGGUGCAGCCUUCACGCGGAGCCUUGGGCACCCCUCCCACCUCCAGUGCCGCGUCCGGUUCUCAGUAGCACGAUACUUCAGGAAAAGCCACAACGAAGAGAAAAGCCAUGGGCUCCUCCCCAAAGAAGCCAACAGGACGCUCUACCAUCCCCAUUAUUCACUUCAGUUUUUACUCCACCUCCUUUCAAAGCGGAUCUGAGAUGCGCAAUAUUGAAGAACCCCUCAACUAGGACCAGGGACAUGAAGACCCUUCGCGCAGCACGCCACUGAGCUGAGACGUAGGACACAGGGGCUCCAGGACCGAGUGCCGCAGACCGCCGCAGACCACCACACCCGUCCCAGGCCCAGCACAGGCUCCACGGCAGGUGCCCACAGCCGCUGACCACGUCCGUGGCAGAUGCAUCUGAAGUUAGUGACCACCACACCUCCUUACCAGGUAACAAGGAAACAAGUCCCAGACCACGCCCUGACUGCUUAGCUAAGUCUGUGUCAAAUCCACAACAACCUUUCCUUGGGGCUCUCCACUGCUUUAGGUUCCCCGGUCUCCAUCUUGCAUGAUUGAAACAAAUCACUCACAGCAGCUGUUGAGACGCAAGAGGCCGGAUUCUGUCCCCUUCAGAGCAGGCGUCAGACACCCAGACCAUUUGGGAUCUGGCCCCUGGCACCCUCUCUAAGAGGACGGUGGGGCCGCACGGCCAAGCGCGGGAGGGGCAGGCACCCUCUCACACGCCUGCAGCCCGUCCCGGUACCUUGAACUGUGCACUUUGACCACCAAGAACUCAUCUCUAACACCCAUCAUGCUACUGACAAGCCUCUAAUUUCUCCCGCGAAAGGUCCACAUCUGAAACUCGCUGGGCCGCAUGGCCACGCUCCGGAGUAGCCCGCUCUGGGGUGAGGGCUUCCUGGUGAAACUUCCAGCUGCCAGCCAUGGGUGCACACCCUGACGAGAACACGGGACUGCACACAGCCCAAGACGCGGGAGGGUGACAUCGUGCUGCACACGUUCAAGGAGAGAUUGCGGGUAUGAUGAGGCAAAAAUGAGCCAAGAUGAGUUUUAGAUAUUUGUUGUGGGACAAGAAGUAGAGGUGUUACUAUGGAAACCAACUCUUCUCGGGACUUCCUAUAGGGUCAGAUUUCUCCAGGGACACACGGUCGAUUCCCGCUGCAACUGCUCCCGUUCUGAGCCCCUGCUUCUGUCCCUGCACUCCAAACAAUGCCCCUUCCAGAGCGAGGAGACACCAUUAGCAGCAGCCGCCCCAGGACAGAGGCGGCUGGGCCCAUCCACACACCGCAGGACCAGCCGUACGACCAGACUGCAGGGCCUUGGACGGCACCACCUACCCCAUAUCGGGCACUCCCGUGACGCCUCAGCUGCAGCUACUUGGUCACCGUUCAUCUCGCCUGAGGCACUGGCCCUCCAGAAAAACCUAAACUCCACCAAAAUAUCUACUUCUGAAAAAGUGUAAGGACUUGUCUGUUCGGUCAGCGGGGACAUCCCGGAAGGAGAGGCGAAGGAGAGGCGCAGGAGCUUUGUCGCGAGAGGGCGUUUCCAAGGCAGCGGGAAGUGCGUCUGAGAGGCUGAGCUUGGCCGGAGCUGCCUGUCCAGCAGCGGGGAUGGAGAGGCACAAGGGGCAGGGAAGGCAGGACGGCAGGGCCGGGUCACCAUCAGGAGGCCAGGUCACAGGGCUCAGAAGUGGCACCUGCCAUGGCUGGGGGGACAGGUGAUGCCGGCCCAGACACGAGGUCGCAGGGGAGCCUGAGGAUCUACUUUGGGCUUUCAAGCCCAAAAGAGCACCCAACACUGCUGGAGGCCAGGCCAACCCUGCAUUUUCGGAUUGGUCUGAGUCCUGGGAGGAGCCCACAGGAGAGCGCAUAGGAGAGCGCACCUCGGGCACAUGACCGUGGGGCCACCUCCUGGCGCCCGAAGGCAACAGAGGCAAGACCCAUAGAGCGGAGGCAGGAGCCUGCUGGUGCCUGUCCGCACGUGCGUCAGACGCGGUGGCUCCGAGUCCUCAGUCUUCCCACGUCCUGUGCCGUGUCUGCACAUCUACCCAGCCCCGCUACUCAAGUCCAGAUCAGGUCGACUCCACUGGUACCCGCCUCGAAGCACACACUGCCUUCCCUGAGGGGAGGUCAGCCGUGCACGGCCUCCCGCCUGGCUCUGGCCACAAGGUCAGCGUCCACAGCACGCAGCCGGAGGGGGAAGGUCACCGGCCAUGGAGCUCCGCCUGCCCGUGCCUAGCACGCGGUUCCACUGCAAGGGACUGGAGCCAGGGCUUCUUUGGUUUUGGUUUCUGCCCAGGAAAGGAUUUGCAGGUCUCUAACUAUUGUUCCAUUUUAUACCUCUGGGUCUCUUCAAGUCUGUAUAUACCUUCACGUCACUACUGAUUUUGUGAGUCUUGCUGUUCCUCGGAAACAUCAAGUUGAGUUUCUCCCACGUAAUUUCUCAUAUAAUUUCCUUUUCACAGGAAGCUGUUCUUAAUAAAGUUAAAUGGUUGUUUUGAGGGUUUGGGUUUUUUUUGGUAUAGUGUUUACCACGUCUGGAGAGCCAUAAACAGUAAAUACAUGGUAUAUCGAUGCCCAGAAUAGAAUAGUUAGAGUAUUUUGAUGAAAUGCUAUUUUUAGAUUAUAAAUUUCAAGAUGUGUCUAUAGUAUCUUGUUUUAAAAAAUUUAAAAAGACAUUUGAAACUUAGACAUUUUUAAUUUAGGGAAACUUCUACAACCAUUUUUUAAGAAGCCAUUCUAAUGAAAUCAUCUAAUUGGCCCAAAACACAAUAAAUAUUCCUUCCUAAUAAAGACCAAAGGGAAGUCAGGACUACCACCUCUGUUGACGGAAGUUUCCGCUAACACUCAGCAGCCUUUGCUGGCUCGUCCAGCACCUUCCCUGGUGGGGGUUGCGGAGCCGUAACCCCCGGGGUCAGGAAGGGCCACUGCCCGACACACUUGCGGAGGCUGUCCCAGCUUCGAGUUCUAGCCGAAGCUCAUGGACAGAGUGAAAGAUUUAAAGCUCUGUGUUUCAGGAACGGCGGUACCACCAUCCGGCGGCACUUAGCAGGGACAAGCCGGCCAGUCUGGGGUCCUACUGGGGUUCUGUGCCCUCCCAGGCACAGGGCCUCCUGUGUGGGAGUGGCGCCGGAGCUGGGGCAUGCUUGCAGCUGUCCGCGGCCCUGCCCAGAGAGUUGUGCUGGCCACACAGGGAGCUUGCUGGCUCCUGUCAAACGUCUCCCACAGAUUCUGAAUCAAAUAAAGGGUUGGGGGGGAUGAAGAAGCAGAGACAGAUGCAAAACAUGCAGGUUGUUGGAGAGGUGGCCUGGAGCAGGGGGGCACCUCUCAGUUCUGGGAACCAGGAGAUAGAUAUGUGACCCAUUGCCACCAUUGCUUACCUCCCAAAAGGGCUGCCUCUGGUUUUGCCCCUUAUCUUCCUCUCCCUCACCUCCCUCUUCCCUGUUUCAGUGCCUGUUCCUCCCUACUCUACACCUGUGGUUCCCCGGUACAGCCGAGAAUCAGUCUCAGGCCCGUGUACCCCUGAGCUCCGCCGCGCUGACCUUGAGGGUUCUUGUGACUUCCAGGCCAGGAGGAUUUACUGGAGUCUUUUUUUGGACCCCUGGAACAUGUCCACUAGUCUGAGCCAGGUCUCCAGAAAGUCAGAACAAACAACAGCACUCCCACUGGGGACCGCAGACAGUGUCAGCCCCUAGAGAAAGAAAUACCUUAUUUCCCAGCUCAUCGUUGCAAAUCAGACUUGCAGAGAUGAUAAAGUACAAUGAUCGGCAUUCCACGGCCUCGUUUCAUGCCGGCACUGGAUUUCUACCACUCUGCAGGAUAAGCAUCAAUAAAAAACAAACAAAAAAACACUUUCCCAGCAGUGCCCAGUUAGUUUUCAGCUAAUUUUCAGCAUUUUUUUAAGCAAAUGAACUUAAUAUAUAGUAAUUCUUAAGCAAAGGUAUGUACAUAAAAAGCAUGAAUGAAUGGCAAUAUUGGAUGUACAUUUGUAAUAUUUGUAAAAAAAAAAAUCCAAAACCUUAAAGUAUUAAUUUACAUGUUAAUUUGCCUCUAAGUUCUGUAAAUCGCACUUCAGUGAUAUCUGAUAAGUGAAUGUUUCUGUUAAGUGAAUAAAAACA